AUGCGUGCAGCGUUGGGUGUGUGGGCUGUGCUUGGGUGCACAAGCGUCGGAUCUAUAUACGCUCUGCAACAGCAUAGUCAUGCCCUCAGCGAAGAAGUGUCUGCUCCGACAGUGAGCAGCGAAUUUCCAGAUCCCCUACAUCAUCAUUACCAUCAAUACCAUCAUCGUCAUAUUCGGGUAUAUCCACAUGCUAGCUCAAGCGUGUGGCGGCUCCGCCGGCUUCACCAGAAUGCUAACCGCGAUUGGUGGGAGCCCGAUAAUAUCUUAGCGCAAGGUGACUCACUGCUGUCAUCAUUAGUUGGUGGUGAAUUUACGACCAUCAACAAAGAUUCGAGUGCACCUGGCAGCAGUCCGACAGUGCAUCCUAACAACCACCUGCUCUCAUCGCAUGAGUUUACGACAAUCAACAAGAAUUCAAGGGCUUCUCCUACAGACGAGGCGAGCUCGUCUGCUGCAUCCAAAGUGGCUUCUCAAACGUCGUCAUCUGGUGAUGACGAGGACAAAGAAACCUCAAGCCAAGUACCUACAAAAAGCUCUACGUCGCGUAGUGUGGCGUCUUCUACACAAACACAGGAGGAUUCAAGUACGCCUGGUGCUGUGCAGUCGACAUCGUCAACGACCAUGAAGCGUUCUAGCCGAUCAUCGUCGCCCACGUCUUCCUCAUUGUCGUCGUUGUCGUCGUCGUCUUUGUCUUCAUCCUCGUCUACAGGCAAUGGCGACAAUGUAGAGCGUACGUCAGCGACACCAUCGGCAUCUUCUCAGGAAAGUCUCGCAAGUUCCCAAGAAAGUUCUGUUCGAUCGCCGUCGUCACGAGCAUCAUCUGCUCCGAUGCCCACAACAUCUGAUGCUGACGAUGAAAGUGCAAAGGCUCAGCCAUCCAGCUCGUCCGGUACGCCCGGCUCUCAGUCUCCAAUGGAUCCUUCGCAGCAUAUGAGCAAUGCAGACUCGGAUGGGCAUGAUCAUACCGGGCUUAUUGCAGGAGUCAGUACGGCUGGUGGCGUGGUGGUAGCGGCGCUUCUUCUUUUCAUGCUGUACUGGCUCUGGAAGAGUCGGAAGUCAAGAGAGGAAAUUAGUUAUCCCGAUGUAACGCAUGAUUCUGCGAUUUCGUCUUCUCCAUUACCGGCGCGACAGACGGGUGGUGCAGGAUUUGAGAUGGAACAUGACCGCGUAUAUGAUGAUGACGUGUUUAGCCAUGCAAGGACGAUCAAGCCGAUGGAUUCUUUUGGUGACGAAUCGAUGAUGCAAGCACGCUCAGGAGGCGUCCCCGAGUCGUAUGUCAACGUUCCUGAUGAGGUUUCACGGCCACCAAGCUACGAACAGCAGCCCUCCACUGCGUUAACUCAAAUGGCACCGGUGCGUCAUCCACCGAGUCUGAUUCCAAGUGGGCCCCCGCUGGAAGAUGUACAGCCGUCCCUUCCACCCCAGGUUGAUAGCACAGUGCCGGCAAAGUCAGGGACAAGCCAGCAUGUACCUAUUUCUAUGCCCGAAGCUGUCACGGAGGAGCAAGGGAGACAUGCCAGCGCCACAUGCUCUGCAAGUACGGUGCCCCGUAUCAACACUUUGUUGUCGGUGAGUUGUAUCCCGACACGUCUUUCCAGUCGUACUACGAUGCACCCUGCCCCUCGCGAACUGUACCAUGGUUAA